AUGGACAAGCCAGGGGUCGCCAUCACCUCCCCCACAGUGGGGGAAGACCCGGGGCGUGCAGAGCCUUUCCUUUCCCCCUCGAAACCAAUCCGAAAGCCCUCGUCUUUUGAAAGAGAAGGAUGGUGGAGAAUAACAUUAACAAAUACUCCCAUACCUGGCACUUAUCACUUGAAAACUUUUCUUGAAGACUCCCUAUUAAAUCCAGUGAUCACAACCUACAAUUUUAAAAAUGAAGGAAGAAAAAAACCACCUCUUGUGCACAGAAACAAUCCAGUCCUAAAUGACCUUCCACAGUACAUGCCUCCUGACUUCCUGGACCACUUGAAGAAGCAAGCGGCUACUUACUCAUUCAGAGAUAAACCACGGCCAAGCCCCAGUGGGCUAGUUGACAAAGAUCAG